GAGGCGAAUCGUGCAACGAUGUGUCCCUUGCGCUAUUUAUCAAAUACCUCUUACCACUGCAUCACCUCACCACCAUCUUCACACAAAUGGCAACCACGACAACAAUAUUCACCGCUCUUAUCUUUCUUUUCUCACUCUCCUUCACCACAACCGUCAGAUCCGACUCCGACAAUGAUUGCGUCUACACGGUCUACGUUCGAACCGGUUCGAUUCUAAAAGGAGGAACCGAUUCAAAGAUCGGAGUCAAACUAUACGACAAAUACGGAUACUACAUCUACAUCAAGAACCUCGAAUCAUGGGGCGGGUUAAUGGGUUCAGGUUUCAAUUACUUCGAACGUGGUAACCUUGAUAUUUUCAGUGGAAGAGGACCUUGUUUAGAAGGACCCGUUUGUGCUGUUAAUGUUACAUCUGACGGUGAUGGUCCACAUCAUGGUUGGUACUGUAACUACGUGGAAGUGACUAGUACUGGGCCCCAUGUGUCGUGUUCUCAGGAGCAGUUCACGGUGGAACAGUGGCUUGCGACUGAUACUAGUCCUUAUCAAUUGUGGUCUGUGAGGAAUCUUUGUCAUUAUAAGCUGGAUCAGGCCCGACCCAAAACCGGCGCACCCGUUCAUCAUCGCAAAAUUGGAUCUGAGUUUUCUAUUUUGGAUGCCCCAAUUGUGCGUGAGAUAUGAUUUCAAUCUGUUGUUGUGUGUGUUAGUUAGUUAUCCUUUCUUGUUUUGGAUACCUGAAUUUGUAUUGGAUUCGGGUUUUAGGGUCGAUAACCCGUUUGUGUUUUUUCAAUAAUAAUAUGAUGAUGGACACUCUUUUUGGUUGAAGGUGGCAACGUUGCAGCUUGUUCUGUUUGUUGUUUA